AUGCUGCUGACCUGGAGCCUAUCCGGCGGCCGGCAGGGCGGCUGUGUCCGCAAAAAGGGCUCCAGCAACAGAGCCCGCGCCAACCAGAUCUGGGGGAUCGACGAGCUGCAGUGCCGGCAGCUCUGUCUAAUCGACGACGCGUGUCAGGCGCGUUCCAACCCCGAGCCGGAGAUCGCGCUAGAUGCAGCGUACGAGUUUGUCGCCUACAGCUCCCGCAAUCAGGGCCCGAGAUCCGCAGCACCCACGCGCUGCACCCUGCACAUGGGCCCGGUGGCGCAGCACGCCGUGCCGCUCCCAGGCUCGCAGUACGCGUCGUGCUACACCAAGCAGCCGCGAGGGAUGUCCAUCGGCUCCGGCCUGAGCACUCAUCACUGCUCCGGCAUUCGGCUGCUCGACGCAGACGCGAUCCACGCGGCGGCGGCGAGGCGGCAGGCGCUUGGCAUCGCCUUUGGCAAGGCGGCGUGCAUGCAGGCGCUGCGGCCGGGCAGCAAGGUGUUGGCUGCGGGCUGCGUCGACCUCACCGGCACGAUGCUCGACUGCGCCCAGCUCGAGGGCGCCACGCUGCACAACACGCACGCCGAGGGAGCCACCUUCACCGGCGCAAACAUGGCGGGCGUCCGCGCGACGGACUUCACCUUUGAGCGGGCAGACCUCACUUUCGUCGACCUUAGCCGCGCGGAGCUGCGCGCGAGCGUCAACCCGACGGUCAGCGUGAUCGGCCACCUCUCGCGCGCCAACCUGACUGGCGCGAGCCUCGCGGACGCCACCCUCGAGGGCUUCGAAGACUCGCAGGACGUGGUGCUCGACUUUGCCAACCUGCACCGCGCCCUUCUGAGCAAGUGCGUGCUCACGCGCCCGUCGCUGCGCGGCACGCGCCUCGUCGCGUCGCGACUCGACCACACGGAGCUGAUUGGCGCCGUCGCCUCGCCGACGACGCUGCUCGCCGGCACCAUGAUGACCGACGUCGGCCUGGCCAGCUGCAACUUCGAGGGCGUCGAGCUAAGCGGCGCGCGGAUGCUGCGCGUCUCCAUCUCGGACACCUCCCUGCGCGGCGCAACCUUCGACACCGCGCCGCUCGACCUCGACCUCACCGCCACCGAGGCGACCUCCCUUCCUCGCACGCCGCCGCGAAUCGACCGUGGCGAAGCCACCGCCGCGCUGGGCCACGUCGAGGCGAUCCGCUGCAGAUUCGACCACGCGCGGCUCAGCGGCGCCGCCCUCAGCACUGUCAGCUUCGUCGACAGCUCUCUCGAGGGCGCCAGCUUCAGCCAGGCAUUGCUCUCGCUCGUCGAAUUUCUUUGGGAGCACCCAGGGCCGAGCAGCUUAAGCGGCGCGUCGGGCGCCGACUUCAGCUACGGGCGGUUUGAGGAGUCGGAAUUUGUGUUCAACCAAGACGCGCCCGAAGGGACCGUCGACCCGGGCGGGGUCGCCAACAUGCGAGGCACAAAGUUCGUCGGCGCGGACCUGACCAACGCCGCCUUCCUCGCCACCGACUUGCAGGAGGCGUCCUUCCUCGGCGCGAGCUUGCCGGGCGCGCAGUUCGACCACUGCAACGUCGAGGGCGCCGACUUCACGCGCGCGACGGGCACCAAGGCGAUGGACCUGCUGCUUCUCCACGGCACUCCGGUGGGGCUCUGCGCCGGCGGCGGCCACUCCUGCUGGUCGAGCGUUCAGCCCAACUCGUGGGCUGUCCCCCCGCCCUUCCCGCCGGGGAUGGAGUCCGCCGAAGGCGAAAGCAGGCCGUUGAGGCCCCACCGGCGGCUGUGA